GGUGACACAGGGGCGAUGGGCCGACUGACCAGCAUUCUCCGAUCUAGACUUUUGUCCGGGAAUGUCCGCUCGUUCUGGUUUGGGACUGGGUGCCUUGGACGAGGUUGCCCCACCCGCUCCAUGACGUUGGUCCUCUGGGUCACUUCCCUCUUCCUGUAUGAAGAAGGCAGCGGUUUUACUUCCACCAUGUACCCGGUGCCCUGGAGCGGUGGCGAUCGGAGGCCGGGCUUCUACGACAACAGCUCGGUGCUGUUGAGGAAUGCAAACUGCCAGCACAACCCCGCGGCCCCGAAACCUCCCCAGCCUCGUCCCGGAGCCGGGCUCUUCGAGGACCCGCACUUCCCCGCCGACAACUCGUCCCUGCACGGCCCGGGACGAGCUUCUCGCUUCAACCUCGCUGUGUCAAGCUGGAAGCGACCUCAGGAAAUUUGUGCCAGUCCUCAGUUUGUUGUCGAGGGAACCACCAGAGCCGACAUCUGCCAGGGAGCCUUGGGCGACUGCUGGUUCCUGUCUGUCAUCGCUUGCCUCAGUCUCAACAAGGAUGUGAUGAAACAGGUGAUCCCAGCAAACCAGGGAUUCGGCACCGGUUACUCAGGGUGUUUCUGCUUCAAGUUCUGGCAGUAUGGGCGGUGGGUCGAGGUGAUCGUCGACGACCGAUUGCCCACCGUUGACAACAAGCUGGCAUUUCUGUACUCCAGGAACAACAACGAGUUCUGGAGCCCUCUCCUGGAGAAGGCAUAUGCCAAGCUGAAGGGGUGCUAUGAAUCGCUGUACAUUGGUUACCCUCUGGAAGCCAUGGUCGAUCUAACUGGGGGAGCCCCCGAGUCCCUUCAGAUUGACGAGAUGCCCAAGGACCUUUGGAAAUUCUUGAAGAAACUCCUGGACAAAGGCUCCAUAGUUUGCUGUGCAAAGCCGGGUCCAGUGGGAGUAUUAGGUGAACAAGGCAUUGUGACCGGACAUGCGUACUCCGUGACUGGUGUUGACAAGGUUCAACUCAAGGCGGGCCGAGUGGAGUUGGUGCGAGUUCGCAACCCGUGGGGGAGAGUGGAGUGGAGUGGUGCCUGGAGCGAUCGGUCUGCAGAGUGGAACCAGGUCUCAGAACAACACCGUCCCUCGAUGGCACACUUGGAAGAUGGGGAGUUUUGGAUGUCCAUUGAGGACUUCAAGAAAAUUUUUUCCUGCGUGGAGAUUUGCCAUUUAAGUCUGGAUCUGCUCUCCAACCCAGAGGGGAUGCUGAAACCCUGGGUCCAGAUGAUCUACGAGGGUCGCUGGAUUCGGGGCUUCUCUGCUGGAGGCAAUUUACACUACAAAGACAAGUACUACUGGAUGAACCCACAGUUUAAGCUCACCCUGCUGGAAGAGGAUGACGACUCGGAGGACCCUGAGGUGAGCUGUACCUUCCUGGUGGUCCUAAUGCAGAAACACAGGCGCAGAAUGCAGCUGACGGGAGUCAACUUCCUGUACAUCGGCUUCGACAUCUUCCAGGGAGACCCCGCGAAGGCUUUCUUGACGUUUGAGGAUCUGCAGAGGGCGGCGCCCUUGCUGUCCACGAAGGAGCACAGAAACGCCAGCGAGGUGAUGCUACGAGGCCGCCUCCCGCCUGGACAUUACAUCAUCAUUCCGUCCACGGCCAACCCCAACGAGGAGGGUGAAUUCCUUCUACGAGUCUUUACCGAGAAGGGUAACCUAGCCAAGCCGGUAGAGAGGAACACGUCGGCAGCUGAGACUCCACGGGCAAGUGCAGGGGUUCAGCCCGACCUUAUACACUGCCCCCUUCCGCCUGCUGAAGAUUCCAGGGAAUUGUUUAACAAGUACAGUGGGCCGGAUGAGGCAAUAUCAGCGCUAGAGCUUCAGAAACUGCUGGCAGAGAUUCUGCAGAAAACUGGUCUCAGUGAGAAGUGGGAUCAGUUUGGACUGGAUGCCUGCAGAAGCCUCAUUUCGCUAACAGAUAACCAUGGCUUUGGAAAAAUGCGAUUUGAGGGAUUUAGUCAUCUCUGGACUAAAAUCUGCCAUUGGACACAAGUCUUCAUUCGAUUCGAUAAGAAUGGAUCAGGGACCAUGGACAGUCAGGAGAUGUUUGGAGCUCUGCAGGCAGCAGGAUUCCAGAUGGAUGAGUUCUUGAUGCAGCUGAUUGGCCUGAGCCCCAGCAGGCGCUGGGAGCACCCCGGGGUCCUAGUGCUGGUCGAGUGUCCUCUGACCAACUCAACGACUGUGCCCCAUAAUCUCCUGAGCCGCAGUUCUGGGAUCCGAAAAAUCAGCUUCAAUUAAACUGGAACAUAAAUCAGGAUCAAAUUUGUUGUUUUGUAGCAGCAGCACAGUGUAAUACAUAAAAUAAUACAUAAACUAUAAUUAUACUUGUGGCAUGCAGGAGAAUUCCUAGAAGCAUGGUUUCCCGUGAUCAAUUCUGUGAACAGACAUGUAGAUCUCAAUCCUAUUUAUGAACUAAUGCAGGCAAGAUUUGUGACCACAAUGCAGAGAGUUUGCCAUGCAGCCAAUCAGUGGCAAGAUUUCCUCCCUACAUCACAACUGAGCUUCUGUAGUGACCAAUCAGCUGAUGGAUAAGUAUACAAAGGCCGAGCAUCCGGAGGACACACCACAUUCAGCCGCACACUGGUGAUGUCUCCUCGCAUGGUGGCGAAAUGUUUGCAAGUAAAUUAAGUAGAAAUAAAGGCUGCUCUACCUCCUUCCUGAUGGUAGCAAUGAGAAGAGGGAAUGGCCUGGGUGGUGGGCACCAAUCCCUCAAAGCUGUGCGGGUGCGUGGCCCUGCAGUAACUGCAACGUUUCAACGGUAAACCAGCCCGUCUUCCUCAGGCACCAGUCACUCAAAUGGCAAGUCCCCCUAGAGACACCUCCCUACCUACCCUCAAGUGAACAGGGUAUGGCAGGGCUUCAUGCUCAAUCUUGAUUGGCUAGCUCUGAAUCGUCUAUUCCUGAUUGGUUAGUUUGAAUUGGCCUUGUUCUGAUUGGUCAUUUUUUUUAGGAACCCUCUUUCGGAGUGAGUGCUACCUUUACACUCCUGGAACCUGCAUUUGGGUUCCCCACAUGCUCCAUCUCUCGUGAUUCCCUAAUCUUGCUCUUGUAGACAUUCCCUUCCUUGCCAAGGAUGUUGGCCUCACCAAUCCUUUGUCAACAUGAGCAUGAUAAGCAGCGUUCAGUGAUCCCACUUCGUUCUGCUCUCACAUUUUUUUAAGGCACUCUUAUGUUCUAUCCUGGUCUUCAAUGGCCUCCCAGUCUCACCAAUGUAUACCUUUUGGCAUGGUGAUAGAGGUCUGUGUGUGUGUGUGUAGGCCUCCGUUAGUCUCGAUAGACCAUGGAUUUUCACCUUGGAAAGUUUCCAGGGCGCAAGCCUGGGCAGGGUUUUUAUUUUAAUGGGAGACCGGCAGUUGCCCAAGCUGCAAAUCUCCCCUCUCCACACCACCGAUGUUGUCCAAGGGAAGGGCAUUAGCUAGAGAUAUGGCGUACACAACUGCCUCCUGAUAACAUUCAUUGGGUCUUCUAGGUGCCACUUUGCUUAGCCUUUUCCUAAUUCUGUCCUCAGUUAGAUUGUGAGAGUGUAGUGAAAGUUCCCGUCUGGGACCACGCAUUCCUAAAGAGGGUUUGACCUAGUCAGUGUCUGUAAGCAUGUGACUGUUAAGACCAAGGAAUAGUAUAGAAACGUUUGAUAACCACUCACAAAGCUUCUGUAGUCAGUCAUGACUGUUCUUGGCAAAUUGUUCUGCAGAAGUGGUUUGCCUUUGCCUUCUUCUGGGCAGCGUCUUUACAAGAUGGGUGACCCCAGCCAUUACCAAUUGACUGCCUGGCAUCAGUGGUCACAUAACUACCAUCUGCCCCCGUGGCUUUUAAUCAGGGGCCUGAGGAAGUGCUACACCUUCCCAAGCGCCAGUGGAGGGAAGGAGCACCCUACACCCUCUUUGGUGUAGACGUAUCUCUUCUCAGAAGGAGAAAGACAGUGGACCAUGGGAGAAAUGGAAGGAGGAGGGGCAAUGAUGGGAGCUAAGGAAAUGAGAAGGGGCGAGCUGGAAUGAGGAAUGGAGCAAGAGAGAGGGGGAGGGAGAGGAAAUUACCCGAAGUUGGAGAAAGCGAUGUUCAUGUCAGACAGAUGGAAUAGAAGGUGUUGUUCCUGCCACCUGAGUCUGGCCUCGUUGUGGCAGUACAGGGGGCAUGGAUCAACAUGUCAGCAUCUGGAGCUGAAUUGAAAAGAGUGAGCACUGGGAGACCCUGCCUCUUCGUGGUGAUGGAACAAAGGUGCUUGACCAAUUUCUUCAACCUCGCUAAUGGUCAUACUGGGGGCACCAGAUACAGUAGAAGGCCUGGACAGACUUGCAGGUGAAGUGUCGAGACCCUGAAUGGAGGUGAGGGAGGUUGUUUAGCAUCCGUCCGGCUUGCAGGAAUAAGUGCCGGUAGGAUGGUCAGUAGAGAGGAACGAGUGAACGAUGCGGAGCGCGAUCCCUCUGGAAGCUGAGAGAGGGACGUGGGGAAGAUGUGCUUCGUGGCAGGUCCCUCUGCAGCUUGUAUCCACAGACGCUGCCUGACCCGCUGAGUUCCCUCUGCAGCUUGUAUCCACAGACGCUGCCUGACCCGCUGAGUUCCCUCUGCAGUUUGAGUGUGUCAUAAGGGGACAGGAGGCUGGACCCAAGGGCAGGACGCAGGCAAUAAAGUACGAGGGGUAGGACGGGAACAACUAAAUGAGAGACAAGCUGUGGAGACCGUAGUGUGCAUGAGGGCCAUGACAUUCAAGGUGAUGCUGGGGUUCCGAGAGAGUCUCAGAGUUCAGGCAGGCAGGGAGGGAUCCCGGAGUUCACUGGGCAGGCUGCAUAACUCCUAGGCAGGGCCCGGACCUCUCAGGCAGAAACACGGAGGCUUGAGCAGGUCGCGGGGCAUCUGGGUAGGUUGCAGGGCACAACCCGUCGGCAGCGAGGGAUGGAAAGGGGCAGAGCGCCCCACCAGGCUUGCCCGACGGAGGCAAGAGAUAGGAAGGGGACUAGGUCCAGGGUGACUGCCGAAGAACUCCUCUUUAACGAGGGGAACUCCAAGCCACAGCAGCCAGAUGAGCAGGACAACCCCCCAACUCCACUCAGUCCCAGGGCCCCCUAUAUACACCGCCAGCCGACGGGCAUCAGGGUCGCCUCCUUGAGCCCCAACAAGCCACGAUGAUCCGCAGGUGUGACUUAUCGGGCUCAAGGGCAAAAGGAGAGACAGCGACAAGACCCGGAGUCCGCGGACCGGAUCAAGACUGGGAACGCGGGCUCCGGACCGGACCAUGACAGAGUGUGGUCCUGGAUCCCAGCAUCUGCCUGGUGUCUAUUUUCUCACAGAGACUUUGGGCAUCCUCGAUAAGUUAAGCCCUCCUUGGGCCGGGGGUGGAAUUCAAAAGUUCUCAGUUUGAAGUCAGUUUGUUUUAUAUGUCACCCUAUACUAUCCUGAGAUUUAUUUCACAGUUAAUACAGAGAAACACGAUGCUGAAACCUCCAUCAGUCAGGGUCGACCAUGGACGUUGUGUCCUAGCCGUCUAGAUACACAAGCCAGGGCACUACGACGUGGAGAGUAAGCUGUUGCCCACGUAGCAGGCUGCCCCUCUCCACGCAGCUGAUGAACCCAAAGGAACGGCAGAGACCGGUACAGUUUGGCACCGGCAGAGUUGCAGCAUUAGACUCAACGUGGGACUGAUUUUUCCUCAGGGUUUGCUCCCGAAGCCUUCCCCAUGAGAAGGUAUAACCAGGAGGCAGCGGAGGUUUGAGAUCAGAGUUUUCCUGCUCCUGGCUGAGCUGCUGACGAUCCCCAUCUGUCUGAAGUAGCCCACCUUCUCCGGGGUUAGUAGCUGAGCUGUUUGAGAAGCGCACCAUUGGGGGCAUUUGAUGGGUAAUGGGAGCUCAUCCCCAUUACCUCCCCCAACUAGGACAACCUUAAGAAACCAAAGGAACACAGUAGCUUUACAUGCUUCAUAGUACAAGCGAUUUGGGUUCAAUUCCUGCCGCUGCCUGUGAGGAGUUUGCACGCUCUCUCCCCCCCCCCCCCCCCCCCACCCCGUGACCUCGUGUGUUUCCUCCGGGUGCUCCGGUUUCCUCCCACAGCUGGUCAUUGUAAAUUGUCUGUGAUCAGGCUAGGGUUAAGAUCGGGGGGCUGCUGGGCACAGCAGCUCAAAGGGCUGGAAGGGCCUAUAUCUCAAUGAAUAAAACAUAACAAUCCCGAGAUUCAAAUUCCUGUGGGCGUUCACAGUAAAUGCAAAGAUCCAAUGAAAGACCAAAGGAAUCAGCUCCUCUCUGCGGACUCUGGCCAACUUUGAUCUGAGCUCACAGCACGAGCAGUGGUGUGGCAAGCAGCCACUGGUGGAAAGCAAAAAUCUAAUCGCAGUUUACAAUGAUAAAUAUGACGCAGAAAGGAAUUUAAAUUCUGUAAUAUUAGCCCCAAGGGGAAUCAAAAUAUCACUGUUGUGUAAUACACUCUGUAACCUCCAGAGGGCAGUGGUGUAUCAGAUUUCAGCCAUGCCCCAUUAAAAAUGAUGCAAGAUUAAAAUAACAAUACUGUCACUCCACCCUGUCCAAACGCUCCUGUUUAUGAGGCAGGCAAGCUCAGAUUAAUUGGGGCUUUAUUAAAAGCAGAUUGACAAGGGUGAUGCCACACCUUCUUUAACCCAAGUUUCCCCUGCUAAAAACUAGCUUGCAGCAUAGUUCUGCAAAGCAACACACACAAAAUGCUGGAGGAACUCAGUGGGUUGGGCAGAAUCUAUGGAAGUGAACUUUUUGGGCCGAGAUCCUACUCCUUCUGGGGAGAAAUAUUAAACAGCCUCAAAAUAGAGGGACAUCCCUUUAGAACAGAGAUGAGGAGGAAUUUCUUAAACCAGAGCAGAGCUUGAUGGGUUCUUGAUCAGUCAGGGUAUCAAAGGUUAUGGGGAGAAGACAGAAGAAUGGGGUUGACAGGGAUAAUAAAUCAGCCAUGAUGGGUCAGAUUUGAUAGGCUGAAUGGCCUAAUUCUGUUCCUGUGUCUCAAGGGGUUUCAGUGGUAAUGCUAUUUAUUUUUAAUGGGGUGCAUAGAAGCGUAGUAGUCGGCGUAACUACCCAUGACCGUGUGGGUUUCCUCCCACACUCCAGAUGAUGUGCACACAGUCGAGGGUUAGUGAGUUGUGGGCAUGCUAUGUUGGUGCCAGAUGCACGCCGACACUUGCAGGCUGCCCCCAGCCCAAUCCUUGGAGGACGUUGGUCGUUGAUGCAAAUGACACAUUUCACAUCUGACAAAUAAAGCUGAUUUUUAAUCUGUAUUGUCCACCAAGGCAAGAGUCAGCCAUGCAGUGUAGCAUGUGACUCAGAUUCAGAACAGCGCAGCACUAAAACAGCCCCACGGCCCAUCUAGUCCACGCUGAAUUAUCCACCUGCACCCAGACCAUCGCCCCAUCCAUGUACCUAUCCAAACCUCUCUUAAGCAUUGAAAUUGAACCAGCAUCCACCACUUCCACAAGCAGCUCGUUCCACAUUCUGAGUGAAGAAAUUUCCCCUCAUUUUCCCCUUAAGCAUUUCACCUUUCACCCUUAACCCAUGACCUCUGGUUGUCGUGUCACCGAAGCUCAUGCUUGCAUUUACCCUAUCUAUGCCCCUUAUAAUUGUGUAUACCUCCAUCAAGUCCCCACCUCGAUCUUCUACACAUUAGGGAAUAAAGUCCUAACCUAUUCAACCUUUCCUUAUAACUCGGGUCCUCAAGUCCCGGCAGCAUCCGUGUCAAUUUUCUCCGCACUCUUUCAACCUUGUUUACAUCUUUCCUUUAGGUAGGUGACCAAAACUGCACACGAUACUCCAAACUGGGCUUCACCGAUGUCUUGUACAACUUCAACAUGACAUCCCAUCAAUGUGCCGAAAGCUUUCUUUACAACCCUGCCUUGUGUAGCCACGUUCAAUGAAUUCUGGGCCCGUACUCCCAGAUCCCUUUAUUCUACCACAAUCCUCGGUGCCCUCCCGCUCGCUGUGUAAGACCCACCUGGGUUGGUCCUUCCAAAAUGCAACACCCCGCACUUUUCUGCGUUAAGUUCCAUCCGGCAUUCUUUUCAGCCCGUUUUUCCAGCUGGUGAGAUCCUGCAACAAGGCCUGAUAGUCUUUCUUGAUGUCCUCUACACCCCCCGAUAUUGGUGUCAUCUGCAGAGAUGCUGAUUCAUUUAACCACAUUAUCACCCAGAUCUCUGGUACCACAGUGGACCCAGCACCGAUCCCUGGAGCGCUCCACUCGUCACAGGCCUCCAGUCAGGGAGGCACUACCACUCUCCAGCUUCUCCCUCAAAGCCAAUUUGCUGCCUCAUUUUGAAUGCUGAGUGACCUCCCACGCGGGAGAUGGGACACUGCGGGGUUUUCGUCCCCCUCU